UUCCCCAAACCUCUUAGCCGCCUCCAUGGGCCCUGCCCCAAGUUAGGUGCUGCUGGUGCCCAGAGAGGCCUUGACCCCCAAGAAGGUAGCGGGUGCAGGAUCCGGGGGGCCUUAGCCUGUGUGGGUGUGGAUCAGGGCAGCCUGCCUGGAGGAGGCGGCCUCAAAGCUGUUAGGGGGGUGUUGCUGGAAGAGGCAAAGGCCUGGCCCAGAAUCCUCCCUCCCACGGUGAUGACCAUCUCUGCCACCGUCUGCCGCUGCCCGCCCCCAACACCCAGAACCCCAACCAGUGGGCGUGCUGCAGGCUGGAACCCGCUGCCCCGAGUAACCAGGCAAACAGAACCCCACCAGGUUCUCAGCCUGUUCUUUGGUUGGGCCACCUGCGCUCCCACUGCUGCCCUCCUGGCCUGUCUGGACCGGGCCCACCACUGUCCCAUGCAGCAUCCCAAAUCGUUCUAUGCCCCUGCAGCUCCCCAGGAAGGUUUCAGCCCCCAGAGUCUGGAGGGGGCCGAGGCGCUGGGCAACCAGCCUGCUCCCACCUGCGCUGAGCCUCCUCCCGCUGUGGGUACGAUCGGGUGGGUGAGGGCACCUGCUGGAGAGGGCUCAGGGGCCACCCGCCUAAGGGCCCUACCCAGCCGGACACCUUUGUCCAUAGGCUCUUUGAACCUGUAUCAUCCCCCAGACCCAGAGAAAGAGGUGUUUCCAGCCCCUCCAGCAGGUUUCCAGAUGGCCCCAUGCGGGUGCUUCUUCGACCCCCGCAUCUAUCGGAUCGAGUGGACCACCCCCGACCUGGGCCAGUCAGCCCUGUACAAGUUGGCGGCAAGCAGCGGGGGGCCAGCAGGGGUCCCCUCCGCCCCAGGCAGCUACCUCCUGGAGCCGCAGCCCUACCUCAAGGCCCCGGGGCUGCCCCCAUACCCCCACUACCAGCCGGCACCCGGGGGGCCCCAGUUUCUCUUGUCCUACUUCCCGCCCGAGGGCCCCGGGCCAGAGGCUCUGGGCUUUGUGGGAGACGCAGGGCCCGCCACCUUCGUGGAGCUGCCCCUACCGCCCCUAGAGGAAGGCCCAGCCCCACCGCCACCCCCACCCGCCAAGGAGAACAAGCCGCCCCCUGUACUCAUCACGCUGCCUGCAGAGCCCACACUGCCCCCGGACGCCUACAGCCACCUCCAGGGUCACCUCGGCCACUUCCCUGGGCCCGAACCCCUGGCCUUCCCCGCCAAGGAGCUGCAGGGCAGCAGGGCCCGACCUGGGGUGCCCCUGUACCCACCGGGCCUCAGCGAGCUCAAGGUGGCCGAGGUCAAGGAGGGGGCCCUGCUGGGGGCAGGCGAGGCCAAGGCCCCCGAGACGGCCAGAGCUUUGGCACUGCCUGACAAGGUUCUGCUGGAGGACGCCAUGAAGCUCUUCGACUGCCUACCAGGCGCCUCUGAGCCUGAGGGUACCCUGUGCGAGGUCCCCGGGCCGGCCCUGCCUGACAGCAGUGGUGGGAACUCAGCCGAUGACAUCCGCUCACUGCGCCUGCCUGAGGAGCUGCUGUCCUUCGACUACAGCGUGCCUGAGAUCCUGGACACCGUGUCCAACGUCGACUACUUCUUCAACUUCAAGGCGCUUGACGAGGAGCAGCCGCCCCACCUGGGGCCCCCUGCCGCCAACACCCCGGCCCCCAUUCUGCCCGGCAAGAGAAAGGCCUUGACGGCCAAGAAGGGAAAGCCGGGAGGGAAGGCCAGGCAGCCGGCAGGCCCAGCCAGCGCCACUCCCCCGGGGCCCAGGCAGGACCUGGGAGCCACCCCGCAUUAAAGCACAUUUGACCUUUC